GGACGAGCAUGAUUCGUAACAGUUUCUCCGAAUGGGAGGUUAUUCAUUUUCAUCCAGCAUCUGUUGUGCCUCUCGGUUUUCAUUGCUACAUGUGGGAUGUGGGUUAGAUACUGAGUCAAAACCAAUCUUUGAUGAGUGUUUCUCACCAAGGACUUCCAGUUGUAUCUGCAGGGAUUUGUCAAAGUAUUUUUGAGUCCUUAACUUCAUCAUAAAGACUCAGUAAGCUCAAUCGAUCCUAUAUGUCAAAUGCUUUGGUGAUUUGUAAAUAUUAACCAGGGUUAAAGGAAGUCAACUAAGACACAUUUGGCAGCAUUUUUCAGACUGUUGUAUCCCAUAUAUACCUCAUUACAUUAAACGGGUAAAAAACAACCGAGAAUAUAAUGUCAUCAGAAGACAUGCAAAACAAUCCAAGUUCAUUUGAUGAACGAUCUUUCUCUAAUCAAAGGGGGGCAGCAGCUGAAUCCAUAAAUGUGUCAAUUGAAAGUAGUGACAAUGUGCCAAUUGAAAUAUGUACUGACAUGAUGCCAGUUGAAUGUAGUGACAAGAUGCCAAUCCAAUGUAGUGAGCCACCCCAGGAGAUGACUCAGCCCCCGAUAGGAUUAGUUAUUGAAGAAGUUCCACAGAAUUCUGAGUAUGUAAACUUGGAGGGAAAUUCAGCUCAAGCAAGCAGAGCUUCGAAUCCAAUAGUGCCGGUAUUCCACCUUAGCCAAUCAAUUCAUGAUGACAACAGGUUGCAUCAGUUUACUGAAAGACUGGACACAUUUUCAUGCUGGUCUUCUCCACAACGUAGAGAAGAUAUGGCACUGGCAGGCUUUUACUAUACGGGUUGUGGAGACAGGGUGCGUUGUGCCUUUUGCAAUCUUCAGCUACAAGAGUGGAAUAUUGAUGUUGAGCCUUUUUCACGACAUACGUAUGAGAAUCCAAGGUGUCCUUUUAUAGAGAAACCAACUUGUUGCAUGAAUAUGACAAGUCUGAUUGAUGAAGAAGUGGUAAAGGAAGUACUAGCAUUUGGAUUCCAGUGGAACGAUGUAGAAGUGGCUGUUGCCAGACUGCUGUCCUGUAGAUGUACAGAUGAAAUCACUGCCUUAGAGAUUCUGAAGUACUUUUUCCAGAAUGAAAAAGAAAAUGAGAUUCAGCAUGUUCCAAAGAUGGAGCACUGUAUGGUGUGUUAUCUUGAGGACCCAAACAUUCUGUUCCUACCUUGUUGUCAUAUCUGUUGUUGCCAGAGCUGUGGGGAGAAAUGUUUCUUGUGUUCAUAUUGUCACUGCCGCAUCAAAGCCAAGAAGAGAAUAUACAUUCCAUAGCGUAUAGAAACAGCACCAGACUGAGAGAAACCAUGACUCUGCAUUUGGUUUUAAUUUGAUAUUGUUGCAAAGAUUACAUUUUAUUAGAUGCAUGCCCACAAUUUGAACUGAAUAUUUUGCGUUGUUUCUCUAUCUUUAUACCAAGGCAGCCUGCUGGUGCAAUACUCUAAGAAUCAGAGAGUAGAAUAAAGAACAAGCUUUAAACACUUUAUUUCCCCCAUCAUCCUUUAUUUAUUUUUUCCAGAUAGGGACCAUUCUCAUUGUUACAGCAGGCCAAAGACAGCUAUUUUGAUGCAAUAUAUAUUUUUACAUUAUUUUAUAUGUAUACCAUUGUUGGUAAUAAAUUAUUCUUACACA